CAGCGCCGCGCCGAGCCGGUAUGAGGUUCCGGGAUUUCUGCACUGUGGAAAUGCGUUUCAGGGCUCCGCAAAAGAUGAGGAUAGUGUCCACACACGUGGUAUUAUUGUUCUUACUGUGUUGCCUUUUUAUUUUCGGAGAAGCCGAGGUGUCGACCGUGUCGUGUCCGAGCGGACAGUUCGCGUUUAGAAGCCGCUGCGUCCUGUGUCAUCCCACCUGCGCCGAGUGCGAGGGCCACGAGCUCUUCCAGUGUACGGCGUGUGGAGCGGAUGAGGAUGGAAGGGAGCGCUUCCUGUACCAGGGCCACUGCAGAGCCCACUGCCCGCGGGAGUUCUACCCUGACCGAGAGCAGUACACCUGCCUGCCCUGCAUUACCAACUGUGACAUCUGUGUGGAUGGCAACAUCUGUGCGAAGUGCAGAGACGGAUAUAAAGUUCAGAGUGGGCUCUGUCUUCCAGUGCCCUGUGGUGUUGGUCAGGUCCAGGAUCCAGGCUCAGGAGAAUGUAUUGAUUGUGAGCCUGGGUGCAAGUCCUGCUCUCCUGGUGACCCAGAGUCCUGUAACAGCUGCACAGAUGGCUACUUACUGUACAGGAAUCGGUGUCGCCAGCACUGCCCCCAGAGGAGCUUCGAGGAGCCAAGUAGGGGUGUGUGUUCCAGCUGCCCAGAGAUCUGCUUAGACUGCAGGAGUGAGACACUCUGUCUGACCUGCCAGCCAGGCCACUUCCUCCACAAUGGUGUGUGUGUGAAUGAGUGUCCCCAGGACACAUUUGGAGAUACCAGAGGAUGGCGCUGUCAGGCCUGUCAUGCCUCAUGUCUAACCUGUCAUGGCCCAGGACCUAGAGAUUGUGACAGAUGCAAAAGCAGGACUCGGCCCAUAUACGGGACGUGUCCUGUCUUCAGCUGUUUUGAAGGCCAGUACUUUGAUAGUGGCACUAGUGACUGCCAUUACUGCGAUGUGGCCUGCAGGACAUGCUAUGGUCCAACAGCGCAAAACUGCAACACCUGUGCUACAGGGUACCUGCUGGAUCAGCAGGAGGCAGUGUGUGUACAGCACUGUCCAUCAGGGUUCUAUGGGAACAGCUCCAGUCAGCAAUGUGAGAGGUGCUCGCCUAACUGUGAGACAUGUGAAAGCAGAGAUGAGUGUUUGAGCUGUCAGAGGGGCUCUUAUCAGCUCUUUCUCUUCCAGGGCAGCUGCUGGUCAGAGUGUCCAAAUGGUUUUUUUGAGACAGAAGAAGGGACGUGUGAGCCUUGUGAUGACAUCUGUUCGACCUGUGAUGGGAGCAGAACUCAGUGUCUUACAUGUAGAGAUGGUCUUUUCCUGGAAAACGGCAUGUGCAGAGAUAACUGCUCAGUGAGGACCUAUGCUGCUGAGGAUGGCACAUGCAGACGCUGCGGCCCUCACUGUGACACCUGCACUGACAGCAGCGCAUGCACCAGAUGCACUUUUCUUUACCUACUUUUAAAUGGCAUGUGUAAAGCCAGCUGUCCAGAGGGUUAUUUUGAAGACUUGGACCAGGGUGUGUGUGUACAGUGCCAUGAAUCCUGUGCUACAUGUUCUGGGCCUCUCUCAGAUGAUUGUGAGAGCUGCUCCUCUCGGGCUCCGAAGCUCUAUGAAGGCACAUGUUCAGAGGAAUGCCCUGCUGGCACCUACUACCAAACUGAAAGCAUGGAAUGUCAGGAAUGCCACCAGACAUGUGCAUUGUGUAUGGGCCCAGAGCCCACCCAGUGCACCCAGUGUGUAAAAGGUCUAGCCCUAGACCCCAACACCAUGAUGUGUGGUGUGACUGGAGACUCAGACUGCCCACCCAGAACAUUCCUCCAUUCCAACCAAUUUACAUGCCAGGCAUGCCAUCGUUACUGCCAGUCCUGUGAGGGCCCCAGUCCUACAGAUUGCCAGACCUGUUCCCUGCCCCGAUAUCUCCAUAACAGCUCUUGCAUGACUGAGUGUCCAAUUGGCACAUACAGUGCCCAUGAGGAAGCUGAUGGCAUUGAACUGGGAUUCUGUAUGCCAUGUGAUCAUGUGUGUGCCAUGUGCUCUGGAGCAUCUCCUAAAGAUUGUCUGAGCUGCUCCCCUGGUUACUUGCACUUGCUCUCACAUCUGUGUGUCCGCCACUGUCCCACAGGGUAUUACAGUACAGGUCAAAGGUGUGAGAAAUGUCACGUGUCCUGUGAGAUGUGCUCAGGCCCGGGACCGGAUGCCUGCGCAGUGUGUGUGCCACCUCUACUGGAGGUUCAAGGAACUCGAGUGUGUGUGGAUAGCUGCCCUUCCCGUUUCUACCAAAGCACACAUACUUGCUUGCAGUGUCACACUAGCUGCAAGACCUGCACAGAUAACACACCUCGGAGCUGUUUGACUUGUGACUGGGGCAGUAUCUUACAGGAAGGAGUGUGUUAUCCUCGCUGUGAAGAAGGCUGCUUUUACUCACAAAAUGAGGCAUGUGAGGCCUGUGAUCAAUCCUGUAAGCACUGCUCUGGGCCUGGACCAGAGAGCUGUGUGACAUGCCACACAGGUUUUGGACUGCAUGCUGUAAGCCGGCACUGUGUGCGUUGCUGCCAGUCUGACGAACCAGCCAAGAACUGCUGCCUUUGUCACUCUUCUUCAGCUUUGUGUUUGGAGCCUCCAGUGUCGCCAAAUAACCAGGCUGAGGACGAUGACGUGAAUCUGAGGUCUCGGAUAUAUCAGCACACGUCUGCUGCCCUGCCUGCUGCUUUGAUCUUGGCUGUAGUCCUUGCUUUGAUCAUAUUUGCAGUGGCACAGGCCCGUGCCAAGAAGAAGUUAUGCUGGAGGCAGAGUUAUGAGAGGCUGAGUGGGACUGCGGGUGCCAGGCCUAAUUCACGCCCCAUGCCCCAUGGAGUUCCCGAGCCUGAGGACAGCGGGGAUGAUGCAGAUGUUGUAUACACGAGUCGAGACGGAUCCAUCUAUCGGCGUUAUGGAUUCAUGCAUAAGCCUGAGGAUGAGGAGGUGGAUGAAACCAAUGAGUGCACACUGCUUAACCGAGCAUAAAGAUUACCUGGGAAGGUAAUUCACAGGAUUGGCAGUUAGUUGGUGUCAAAUGUAAUAUUGUAAUUGUUUGAUUUUUAUAUGAAAAAGGAGGUAAGCAUGCAACAUAUACUGAUUAGAUACAACAUUAAAACUACGCUUUGUAGGUUUUUGGUUCCCCUUUUGACAAAAAAGCAGCUCUGACCCCUUACAGCAAAUCUGUACAAAAUGUGUGCUGUGGUGUCUGGCAUCAAGACAUUAGCAAAAAUGGGGCCUCCAUUAAUCAAACUUGUUUGUCUAGCACAUUCCAUGGAUGCUCGAUUUGAUGGAAAUCUGAGGAAUCUGGAGAAUGGAUCGACAACCUUUAACUAUUAGCAUGCUAAACCCCAUAAGUGGUGAGCUUUGAAGAACUAGGUGUUCUGAUACCUUUUUUAUUGAGGCCAGCACUGACUUUUUUGCAGUCUGCACUACAAUAGCUUUUCUGUCGGAUGGGACCAGACGGCGUGGCCUUUGGUCCGCACAGGCAUCAAGGAUCCUUGGGUGUGCCUGAUCCUGUUACCAGUUUACUGGUAUAUAAUUAAUAAUCAAUGUUAUUCAGAUAGUGUGUUAUUCCGUGGUGUUAAUGUUGUGGCUGAUCGGUGUAUGUUCUUUUUAUUGUAAAAUAUGUUUUUUUGUAAGCAACUUCUAUAUUGUACCUUUUUUGUAUGUACAAUUAAGUGGUUAAUUAAAAACGUUUGUAGGGUACAAAAACUCAAUUGUUUAUCUAAACCUCCUUUCUCUAGAAAAUUAUUUGCAGAAUUGAAUUUAAUGAACAAACUGAAAAAAUAUAUUUGGACAAUCAGCAACACACUUUUCCUUCGAACAACCAUUCUGUCUUACAUGGAAAAACAAAUAUCAGGUUUAUCAAGGUUUCCAUCUGUCAAUAUCAGGUUUAUCAAGGUUUCCAUCUGGUAAAUAUAGCAAUACAGUUUUAGUCUAAAGUUUACUUACACUUUGGGUAAAGUCAUCAAAGCUGAGUUUUAACCAUUCCACAGAAAUCAUGUUGAGCUAUAGUUUUGCCAAGCCAGUAAGGACAUCUACUUAAUGCAUGAAACCAAGAAUUUUUUUAAACAAUUGUUUAAAGGUAGAUUAUUUCACUUACAGUAUAAUUCUACAAAUACUGAUAACUCUAUCACAAUUCUAAUGGGUGUAUGUUCUCUCAUUGUAAAAUAUUUUAUUAUGUAAACAACAACCAUAUUGUGCCUUUUACCUCUUUGUAUGUGAAAAUGAGUGGUUUUAAUAACCUUUGAAGAGUAUAAAAACUUAAUUGUAUAAAUACCAAGCUGCCAGUAAAAUUCUAAACCUAUUUCAAGGAAGUCCAAAACUGAA